CAAACUAAAAUGAUAGAACAGAACAAGUAGUAGUUACAUUACAGUUACAGGACGCACUAAGAAGUGGUGGCUUCAUCAAAAUACAAAAACCACAAUGGCCUCACCAGCGGCGGCAAGGUCACCGGUUUCCUCCGCCACUUCGCCAAUUCAACGCCUCUCCACCUUCAAAAACCCUUCCUCCGCCAACACCGCCGCCGCCACUCCCACUUCCUCCUCCGCACUUGACUCCUUAGCCUCCGAUCCCAUCUUCUCCGCCUUCCUCUCCCCUUCCUUCUCCUCCACCUCCUUCUCCUCCGCCGCUCUCUCCUCCGGCUCCCCUGCCUCCACCGCCGAGAAACUCCACCACGCAAUCCGCCUCCUCGAGAAUCAGCUCCGCUCCGAAGUCCUCUCCCGCCACAACGAUCUUCUCUCUCAACUCUCCUCCCUCCACCACGCCGAUCAUGCCCUCUCCACACUCCGAUCCGCACUCUCCUCUCUCCAAUCCUCCCUCCGCCGCCUCCGAUCGGAGCUCUCCGACCCUCACCGCUCCAUCGCCUCCAAGACCGCACAACUCUCCAACCUCCACCGCACCACCGAGCUCCUCCAGCACUCCAUCCGCGCCCUCCGCCUCUCCAAGAAGCUCCGCGACCUCAUGGCCGCCGCCGCCGAGCCGGAGAAGCUGGAUCUGGCCAAGGCCGCGCAGCUGCAUUCUGAGAUCCUAAGCCUCUGCGACGAAUACGACCUCGCCGGCAUUGAUGUCGUGGACGAAGAGGUCAAUUGGGUGAGGGAAACUGGUGAUCGGUUGAGGAACGAAGCGAUGAAGGUUCUGGAAAGAGGAAUGGAAGGGUUGAAUCAGGCUGAGGUUGGUACUGGGUUGCAAGUUUUCUACAAUCUAGGUGAAUUGAAGGUCACUGUGGAGCAAGUUAUCAACAAGUAUAAGGGUAUGGGUUCCAAGAGUGUGAGUGUGGCGUUGGAUAUGAAGGCCAUUACGGGAUCUGGUGGAAGUGGAUUCGGUCCCGGUGGAAUUAGGGGUACCGGAACGCCUCAGAUUGGAGGAGGGGCUAAGGCUAGGGAAGCUUUGUGGCAGAGGUUGGGGAAUUGUAUGGAUCAAUUGCAUUCGAUUGCUGUCGCCGUGUGGCAUUUGCAGAGGGUGCUUUCAAAAAAGCGCGAUCCCUUUACCCACGUUUUGCUGCUUGAUGAGGUCAUUCAGGAAGGUGAUCCCAUGCUAACAGAUCGGGUCUGGGAGGCCAUUGCAAAGGCUUUUGCAAGCCAAAUGAAGUCUGCUUUCACUGCAUCGAGUUUUGUUAAAGAAAUCCUUACAAUGGGAUAUCCAAAGCUUUACUCCAUGAUAGAGAAUCUCCUUGAAAGAAUUUCACGUGACACAGAUGUCAAAGGAGUGUUACCAGCUAUUAAUUCUAGUGGAAAAGAGCAGAUAGUUUCAGCUGUCGAAAUAUUCCAGACUGCAUUUUUGGCUCAUUGCUUGAGUCGCCUUUCAGAUCUAGUCAAUUCUAUUUUUCCAAUGUCCAGUCGGGGAAGUGUUCCCUCCAAGGAACAAAUAUCAAGAGUUAUAUCACGAAUUCAGGAAGAGAUAGAAGCUGUUCAGGUGGAUGCACGCUUAACUCUUCUUGUUUUGCGUGAAAUUGGCAAGGUUUUGCUUCUUCUUGCAGAACGGGCUGAAUACCAGAUAUCCACUGGUCCUGAAUCACGUCAAGUAAGUGGUCCUGCAACACAGGCACAGCUCAAAAACUUUACAUUGUGCCAGCAUCUGCAAGAGGUUCAUACACGAAUAUCAGCUAUACUUAAAGGAAUGCCCAGUAUUGCUGCAGAUGUGUUGUCUGCUUCGUUAGGUGCAAUAUAUGGUGUUGCCUGUGACUCAGUAACAUCUUUAUUCCAGGCAAUGCUUGAUCGUCUUGAAUCUUGCAUAUUGCAAAUACAUGAUCAGAACUUUGGAGUGCUUGGGAUGGAUGCUGCUAUGGACAACAAUGCAUCACCUUACAUGGAGGAUCUCCAAAAGUGUAUUCUUCACUUUCGCAGUGAGUUUCUAUCUAGGUUGUUGCCUUCCAGAACUACUACAGCUCCGGGGAUAGAGAACAUUUGCACCAGGCUUGUCCAGAGUAUGGCUUCACGUGUUCUAGUAUUCUUCAUCCGACAUGCUUCUCUUGUCAGACCGCUCUCAGAAUCUGGCAAGUUGAGGAUGGCUAGGGAUAUGGCUGAAUUGGAGUUAGCUGUGGGCCAAAAUCUGUUCCCUGUUGAGCAACUUGGUGCACCGUAUCGAGCACUUCGAGCAUUUCGUCCACUUAUUUUCUUGGAAACAUCCCAGUUUGCAUCAUCAUCUCUUCUUCAAGAUCUGCCACUAAAUGUCGUACUUCAUCAUCUGUAUACUCGUGGUCCUCAAGAAUUGCAGUCACCACUGCAAAGAAACAAACUAACACCAUUGCAGUAUUCAUUGUGGCUAGAUUCUCAAGGGGAGGAUCAAAUCUGGAAGGGUAUCAAAGCAACACUUGAUGAUUAUGCUGCUAAUGUAAGGAGCAGGGGAGAUAAAGAGUUUAGCCCGGUUUAUCCUCUUAUGCUUCAAUUGGGUUCAUCGUUGACUGAAAAGAUUCAGGCUUCCUCAAAGUCUUGAUCCAGUAAAUAAUUUGUAGUCUAGGAAAUUAAACCACAUCAGUGACUUUCCAGAUUGCCAUCCAGGGAGUUUUUGAAAAGGGUUUAGUCGCAGAAACAUGAGGAGGAAGAGUCUUGCGAGUUCUGGUGGUAAGAACAGGGUACAAAAUUUUAUGAUGUACAAUCGUAUAAAAUGUUUGUACCUCAUGCUUGCCAGCCGAACUAGCAGACCUCUUCCUCCUCAUGUUUCCGCGACUAAACCCUUUUCAAAAACUCACUGGACAGCAAUCUGGAAAGUCACUGAUGUGAUUUAAUAGGUUUUUCUUUUUCUUUUUUCUUUUGUAUUCUUUCUUUCUUUCCUCUUUAUUAAAUGGAAUUACUGCUAUUGUUUAAUCUCGAGUUUCCUAUUAAAUUGUUGUUAUAUUCGAUGUAGAGAAAGAUAGCUUUUUGAUGGAAGAUAGAAAUAAGUGCUGUAGUGAACUUCCCUAUAAUGGACAU